GUAUCUCUUCCCUGUGUUGACACGAUACUCAAUGUGCCUUUGACGUUUUAAAGUAUCGAGAGAAGGGUGUCAAUAUCAAGGAAAAAGAACGAAAGUAGGCUACUUAAACAGUUAGAGGAACGAAAAGUUUCAUUUUAAAGGAAACGGGAAAAUAGAAACAGACACAUGGCGGUUCGUUUGUACAUCGUCCUUAUUGUGCAUACGGUGCUUGCAGCAAACAACGACACGGCCCGAACUGCCAAAGGGACCGAAGAGUCCAUUUCAGAGGCCAGCAUAUCAUUGGAAAACGGGACAUCGUUCGGAGUAACAGAAACACCCAAUAUUGUGACGGAUAGGGAGGAACAUAGUACGAUUUCAGCCACCGCGGAAGUGAAUUCAUCAUUGAACAAUAAUGGAACGAAUUGGACAAUGGUUGGAAAUACAACCGAUGUAAUGACAUUGAAUGUUUCAACAAGACGACCUAGUUAUCUUUGGUCAUACUGUAACAAGACCGGGUAUACCCCAUACCAGUUUGACCCAUACUGGAUUUGGGAACUGUUAAUGGUAACUAAGUUGUACCUUAAACUCCCUCUUGCAAUAGUCGGUGUCUGUGGUAACAUCAUCUCCUUUAUCGUACUAAGGAAAGAAAAUCAGAACACCAGCACCUUUUUACUUCAAACCCUUGCGAUUGUUGAUUUGUUUCUAUGCAUUAAUUAUAUGAUUCAUGAGGUGGUCAUGGUUCUAUAUUCCAACUCUUUCGCUUUACUUCCGUAUCGAACACACCCGGUGUAUCAAAACUGGAGACGAAUCGAGCCCAUACUAGAACUAUAUUUAUUGCGCUUUUUUGAAAUAUUAAGUGCAUGGCUUAUAGCUCUGAUAUCCAUCGACCGAUACAUUGCUGUCUGCAAGCCUUUCGCAGCACCUACAUUAAGCACUAUCAAGAGAAUGCGUUUAGCUCUGUGUCUCAUCGCUCUCGUUGUGGCUGUCCUCUGUCUCCCCAGAGUUUUAUCUUUAAAAGUUAUUUCAAUGUGGUUCCCAUGUAGAGACGAAGACUAUUACUAUAUGAAGGGGAAUGAGAUGUGGUACAACGUGGAUUUUCAAUUGUGGUUCGUUACUGUCACUUAUGGUGGUUUGACCCUGGUCUUGCCUAUGGUAAUCGUGGUUGUUGUACAAGGCUUACUCAUACAUCAUCUCCGUUUGGCGAGUAAGAACAGGGCGACAUUGACUGGUGACACCAAAGGAGCGUCGAAAGCAACCACUAAUCUAACGUUAACAUUGGUUGUCAUCGCUAUUGUCUUUUUCUUAUGUAUUACACCUGAAUUUAUGGUCUUUAUAUUAAACGUUUUACAAUUUACCGAUUUGGAACCCGAAGGCUACAAUGUCUAUGGUAAAAUUAUUUGGACUGCCGUUGCUAAUUUGUUUCGGUUUUUUAAUUCAGUCAUCAAUUUCUUCAUUUACUGUCUUGUGAGACAAGGUUUCAGAAAGCAGUUAGUUGGUAUGCUCUGUCCUAAAUGGAGUGCAAAACAAAAGUCGACAAUUGGGCAAACUUCAAGGGACACUAAGUCUACAGAUAUAAAGAUGACAGAUGAAAGUCAAAAGUAUUAAUGGUUUGAAUCAAUUUUGCUCGAAUCUCUCUUCAUAUUACCAUAAGGUGGUAGUGAAACGUAUUAAUGCAGUUAAGAUGUUUGGUCAAUCUACUCAAUUGUCAAAAAAUUCCUGAUCACAAAUGGGCCACCUUAACAAAUUCUUUAAAAAUUGACUUCCGGUUGUAAUAUUGGAGGCAGGUGAACAAUUCGCAGAAGAAUGAUAUUCCCCAAAGUGCUUUGAAAAAGUAUGUAUCUAUGUAUUCAAUAUCUCAGAAAACGUAUAUGUUGUCAUAUAACGUACAUCACUCUGGGCGUAACCGCCAUUAUGUUACUUGUAAUUCCCGCAACAUUCAAAAUUGGACAGUGUUCGAUAUAAGUCGAGUAUUUUUAAUUUCGUGAUCCAUGGACCUAAUGGAGCUACUACAGUUAUAUUAUUGACAUUUAUAACUCGAUUUCAGUCAGUUUCAAAUUACUAGUAAUCAAGAGACAAGGAGCAAAGUAUACUUACCGUUUUACGUAAUCUUUACUUCAUGUCCUUGAACCCCACCCCUUCCCUUUACACCUCUGAUCGAUAUAGCUAUGUACGAAUACAGUUGCUAUUAUACUGCUUACGUUAAACCCAACAUACACCAAUUGGGCACGGUGGGACCUUCAUAGACCUAAUAUACUGCCUGGAACCUAGUAGGACUUCAUUAGAUGUUAAUGUAAUUGUUAAAUUCGUAUAAUGGUCUUCAGUAUGAAUGAAAUCUCCCUUAUUGUCUUUGAUUGUGAUAAUGGUUCCUGAAUGGUUGUUGAGGGGGUUUUGGACAUUGUUUAUUCACAUAUAGAUUGUAGUUUAGGAUACUAUGGGUUUUGGACAAU